AUGGCUCUCUUUUCUCCCGUCAAAAUCGGUCACCAUUCUCUCAAGCAUCGCAUUGUCUUGGCUCCUUUGACUCGUUUCAGAGCCUCCAGCGAAGGUGUACCUACCCCUGAUAUGGCAACAUACUACGGACAACGUGCAACCAAUGGCGGCUUACUAAUCACCGAAGCCACAUUCAUUAGCCAACUUUCCGGUGGAUUCCCCAAUGCUCCCGGAAUCUACACAGCUGCUCAAAUUGAAGGUUGGAAACAAGUAACCAAAGAGGUCCAUUCCAAGGGUGGAGUAAUUUUUCUCCAAUUGUGGCAUCUUGGUCGCGCCUCGUCAUCGUCCAUGUUGCCCAAUAACGAACGUCCUGUAUCAGCCUCAGAAUUGGCUAUUCCUGGAAAAAACAGAUUUGGUGAGCCCAAUGAAGUACCCAGGGCAUUAACUCUCCCAGAAAUUCAUGCCACCACCCAAGACUACGUUAAGGCAGCCAAGAAUGCAUUAGAAGCUGGAUUUGAUGGGGUUGAAGUACAUUCUGCAAAUGGAUAUCUCUUGGAUCAGUUUAUCAACUCUUCUAGCAACAAGAGAACGGAUAUCUAUGGAGGUUCAAUCGAAAACCGAACUCGUUUCACACUUGAGGUUGUCAAGGCAGUAAGUGAAGCAAUCGGAGCUGACCGAACUGGUCUUCGAUUGUCACCAUGGUCAGAGUUCCAAGGCAUGGAGGAUGAGACACCCUAUGAAACCUGGGGAUAUAUCGUAAAAGAACUACAGACCAGACUCUCCGGUCUGUCAUACUUGCACAUUGUUGAGCCUCGAGUGAAGUUCUUCACAGACGAUCGGUCUACUGCUACCGAAACAUUGGAUCCUUUCCGUUCUGUGUGGAAGGGUGCAUUCAUCAGUGCUGGUGGCUAUACACUUGAUCCGGAGAAGGCCACAUCACACUCUGAAGCUACUGGUGAUCUUGUGGCAUUUGGAAGAGCAUUCAUCGCAAACCCUGAUUUAGUAGAAAGAAUACGCCAUCAAUGGAAAUUAACACCUUACGAUCGAUCAACGUUUUAUACCCCUGGCAAUAAGGGAUACACCGAUUACAAGAUUUAUGAAAAUAGACAAGCUUCGUUAUAAUUAUAUAUAUUGUAUACUAUUUUAAAAUGUAAAUCUACAAACAUAAAUUGUUAGUAUGUAUUUUAACG